AGUGGUUUGGCUCAAGCCUUGGCGCCUCGUGAGCCGGUCAUGGACACCAAGCUGACACAAGACCUGGAGGAUGCACUGUGUGGGAACAACCUGGAGGCCAUUUUCCUGGCCUGUGCUGCCUGGAGCGCACAGCAGGAGGGGGCACGGCUUCCGGUGAGCCCACAGAUGCAGCCCCUGAGCGCUACGUCGAUACAGCGCCUCAUGGACCUUGCGGUCCUUUGCUGCGAGAAGAAGGAUGCGGCCAAUUGCUAUGUCGUGUCCAACACGGUGCUGCACCUAGCUGCAUUGACCGCCACCCGGGAGGCGGUGAAGAUGAUCCUCACCGGCCUGAAGAGGGCUCUGGGGCCGGCCUUGAAGACCUUCCUCGGGGAGGAGGAGAAGGACAUGGCGGACCAGAUUCAGCUGGCCAUUUGCGUGCAGAACUUCUGCAACUGCGCCCUGGUGCUUUUGGAUAAACCGCGGGGCUCCCACGUGGGCGCCGCGGACGCGGACGGCUUUCUGCCGGGCUACUGCGGGCCGCUCUUCGACGACCUCGGCGCAGCGUCUGUGGCGCCGGCGCAGCAGCCGGACAUAAAGGCGCUGGAGGCGCUGGGCCCGGACCUGCGGAAGCUGCAGUCGCUGCUGGGCUUCGCGCGGCUGCAGGCGGCGCGGGCGGCGGCGGAGCUGGUGGCGGCGGCCAUGCAGCGCUCCGACAGCUCCACGGUGCGGGAGGGAGCGGAGUUCCGCCUAGCCACGGGCCGCAGCUUCCGGGCGCUGGCCGAGCUGCUGCUCUUCAGGGCGCCGGAUCCCAAGCUGCAGGCGCCAUUGCUGGAGCUGCUUUGGCGGUGCAUCCGACGCAUCAAGCCCAUCGACCUGGACAAGGACAAGAGCUCGAAUCGCGGCCGCAGCCGGAGCAGCCGCCGCGAGGCGCCGCAAGACAUGCGAUGGCUGCUGGAGGUCAAGGGCAAAACCUUUGUGCAGCUCUUGCAGAAGAUCAGCCCCAAGGAAUUUUACAACAAGAAGGAGGGCCUGGUGCAGGAGGUCCGUGAAUGUCAGGGGGGCAUUCUGGGACCCUGCGCCUGUUCCUUCCAGUGGGGCAGACUUCUGGCAGAGAAUGCUACAGUGACCUUCACCCGAAACAGCCUUGCGCUGGAGGUGCCAGGCCAGGGAGCCCUGGAGCUGCCCUGGGCGUGCCUCGAGCUGCCGGAGAUCUUGCUGCCGGAGGAUCAGCGGCUGAGUGCGACGCCCUCCUGGCCCCUGUCCAUUCAGGUUGAUGUGUGCGCGGCCUGCGUGCUGUGUGCCUUGCCACGAAGCUUCUCUGCGGCGGUGGGCGCUCUCCAGCAGCCUCUGCUUCUGUCUGUUCUAGAGGAGCCAGAAGAGUUCAUUCCACAGCUGCAGCAGCUCAUCCACAAGGAGCUGAAGUUGCGCAGUCCAAAGAAGGGUUUCGAGCCCAAGAGGCCAGAGCGCAAGACUGCGCCCAAGGCUGCUCCCAAGGCUUCUCCCCGCAUCACCCGGAGCAUGUCUGCCGCAGCUCAGAGGGAGGGCAAGGAUGCGGCCUUCCGCAGCUCAAGCCUGCCUGCCUACCGGCCGCCUGCCCAGCCGCCCCAGCGGCCCGAGCCGCCCCGGCCCCUGCAGCCACCCCAGCAGGCCAAGCAGGCCAAGCAGGCCCAAAUUCCAAAGCCCAAGGGCGUUUGGGAAAAGGCCGCAGAGGUCGCAAGAUCGAUGCUUACAUUGCGCUCAGGCGCCAGAGCUGCAAGUGCAAACAGUCAUGCAGCAACACAAGAAGCAGCAGCGGGAUCCAUGCAAGCAUCCGAGCCCAAGCCAAAGUCGGAGCCACGCAAGGCUGCAGAUAAAGAGGGGGACAGCAUGUCUGCAGUUCACAGAAAGGACAUGGCCUCUCAGAACAUCUUAAGGCCAGCAGAGGCAGGCUGCAUUUCAACAUUCGAGGCGAAGCCGAAGUCGGAGCUUCGCAAGGCCGACGCAGCCUUGCAGGUGACCCGGAGCGUGUCUGCAGAAACUCAAAGGAUGAGCAAGGACAUGGCCCACAGCAGAAUUGCCCGAGCCUGCCAGCCACAGCCAACGUUUGCGUCCACAGUGAAGUCACAGCCAGAAAAGGCAGUUGACAAGGCCUCGCCGCAUGUGACCCGGAGUAAGUCGGCAGAACCUCAGAAGCAGGCCAGGAACAUAGGAACCUUUCAACGAAGCGGGAGCGCUCCAGUCUACCGGCCAACUUCGGACUCCGACAAACCGGAGGUUGCAUCCGUGCCAUCCGAGCCCAAGCCAAAGUCGGAGCCGCGCAAGGCAGAUGAGGCGCCGCGCUUCAAUCAGCGCAUGUCUGCGGAAGCUCAGAAGGAAGGCAAGGACACGUCCACCUUCUGCGCCCCAAGCACGCCCAUGCGUCAUGCACAUCCGGCAAAGGAGAUGACGCUGACACAAGCAUUGUCGCUGGCAAAUGAGGCAACCGAAUUGGGGGUAAUGCAUCCGACCAGCCUCCGGCAGCUCUGCAUCCAGCGAGGAGUCAGUUCUGAAGGCCUCCGCAAAGAUCUCAUCCAGCGCUUGCUGAUCGAUCGCAUGUCCUCGUUCUCCUCCUUCUCGUGUGCGCCGAGCCCCAGCUUCGCAUCACCCAGCACGCCUAGCAGGAAGCAGCUGCAGGAAGCGUGCCGAGGGGUGCCGCCAAACGGGAAGGAGCUGAAGGAAGCCACAUGCCGUGGCGAAGGUGCUAACUUGACCGAGGCUGAGGCAGAUGCGCGCCCAGAAGCCGAUCCCAAGAAGCGCCCGCUGGCCCAACGCUCCAAGUCCUGCGAUGGCGGAGCCCGGAAACGCAUCCGCGAGAAGAGCCCAGCGCCCAGCCUGCGCAGCGCCAGUCCAGAUCCCCUGCGCCCGGCCAAGAGGGUGCGGGGCAAGAGCCCGGACCCCAACUGGCAGAGAGCACACCAGAACACACCUAGGCAGAACACACAAGGCACACAAGGCACACAAGGCACACCUACCAAGGAUCAAGGGGUGCCCACAUCGCCACAGCCGAAAACCCCAGUGAGUGCCGUGGGCCGUGCUGCCGUGAAGAGUUUGUUGACUUUGAGACCGGAGCAGCUGGAGGCAGAGUGCUUGAAGAUGGGCAUCAGUCCGCGACCCUCGGCACAUGCCAUGGCCUGUCGCCUGGCCGCGGUGCGUCUGCAGAGUUUGACGCCCAGUUCCAGCACCGAGGUCCUGUCGCCAAUUCCGUCGACGACGCCAAAGAGGAAGGCCUCCCUCGUGCCGGUGCAGACGCCACCAACCGUGGCAAGUCAGGCCGGAUCUGAGGCCGGGGGCCCCUUGCUGCGCCGCGGCCGGUCACCCUCCCACCCUGUUGAGGCCAGCGCCCCAGACGCGCGCCGUGGCCGCUCCCCUCGAACACCCCGAACUGGGGGUACUGGGCUCACCACGCGGACGCGCUCUCAGUCCGUGACGCGCAGUGCCGGUGCAAGGCCAGCUGCAUGGGUAGCCAGCUUGCUUUGCAAAGCUCCAGGCGCCUCACCUCAAGCCAAAACACCACCCUCCACACCCCAGCGGCGCACCACGCAGAGAUCCCCGGGCACUGCCACAGGAGACAAGGUGCGCCGCGACUCCAUGCUUCGCAGCCUCAGCCGCCCCAGAGAGAACUUUGCCCGUUCUCCAGGCCAAGCUUCCCGUGCCACACAGGCUUGCCACGCUAGCACGCGUAGCAAGGGCCUUCCUUGCAAGAAGCCUGGUAGCUCACGGCCCUCUGGAGCUUUGUUCCACUACUGCCACCUGCACGUGGCUGCGUGGAGAGAACACGAACGCUGAGAUUGAAGAAGACUUGUGCAUCGCCAUUUUCUCACGAACGUUGAGACUGACUUAGACUCAUGCAUCGCCAUGUGCUAUU